UUUUUGAUUCUGAUUGUCUGUUUCAGAACUUUUAUGUAGACAACAAUCUUGUGUUUAUAUUUUUUUGCGCAGGCAGAGUAGCAGACAGCGGUGUGUGUGUGUGUGUGUGUGUGUGUGUGUGUGUUACUCUGCCCCGUGCACGUGCGCUAUGAGCUGGUUAAUGUUUACGAGGUUCUGCUCUGGAACUCGGAGUGUUUUAUCCACACGCAGAAACUUUCUUCUGCCUGCAGCUGAAAUGUCCACAGAUUCACACUGGUUGAGUGCAGCAGAAAGAGAGCAUGCUCUGAUGGAGUUGAAGGCAACAGGAUGGGUGGAUCUGGAGGAACGAGAUGCACUGUAUAAAGAACUGCACUUCAAAACAUUUAAUCAGGCGUUUGGAUUCAUGUCUCGAGUGGCUCUGCAGGCAGAGAAGAUGAACCAUCAUCCGGAGUGGUUCAAUGUUUAUAAUAAGGUUCAGGUCACAUUAACAACACACGACUGUGGAGGUUUGUCAAAGAAGGACAUUCGUCUCGCCAAAUUCAUUGAUAAAGUCGCUCUGACGAUGUAGUGCUGUAAAAAAGUGCCACUUCUUUAAAAGGGUGUGUUUGAAGCUGAGCGCUGGACUGAUUUGGGACCUGGUGUGAAAACAGAGGGUUAAAAAGUCUGUAUAAUAAAAAUGUUUAAUAAAAGAUAA